AUGGCAAUUUUCUUUGACAGAUCUGAUAGAUCGAGUGGAGAUGACAGUAAUGCUUCUGGGGAAAAUGUCCGUCCAUGUGGACUUUGCCUGGAAUCAAAUAUGGUGCUCAGAAAAAACCGGUUUCGCCAGCUUGAAAUACCACCAGGCUUCAAUGUCAACCAUUUGGGUAAGUAUGGCCCCAUGAACAAAGCCGUAGACAUUUUUCAAUUUCACUCAGACUUCUCCUCUAUGCUGUAUGCUUUGGAUCAUGUUCUUUCUGGUCUUUGUUGCAUUGGUGGCUGCGAUGAGACUCUUAGACAGAUGAUCGAAAUAUGUGGAACUGGUUUUCGCAGUCAAGCAAUAGGUCGACCAACCACUACAACACCCAGCAAUCGACCAACCACUACAACACCCAGCAACCUCCAACGAAGUAACUCUAGGCAGGCACCCUGCAUAUACUGUUAUCAAACAGGACAUGCUUCAACCGAUUGCCCUACACAGAUUUCAGCCGCUCGACGUGUGCAAUUUCGUGGAAUGAACCAACAGAAUGGUAGCAUACCCUUGAUACCUGCUCUUAAAGGGCUCUUCGUGAUGCAGGAGAAUCUUCAAUUUCAUGUAGCACGUGUGGAACCCCAUGUGUUUUGCGAACGGCUAACACAGCAAAUAACAGGGGAAGAAAGUUCUACUCGUGUUCGUCACAAGCGUGCAACUUCUUCAUGGGAGGACAACCUCAACAACGGCACAGUCCCAAGAAGUGCUCCUCGUCUAAAUAUCAGUAACCCUAGCGGGAGAGGUGGUCGUGGAAGGGGUGUUCAGAAUGCAGGACGUGCAUCUGAUGUAACUUUUGUGUCUGCUACAGGUGAGCCUAUAUCUGGAAGAAGAUGCUUUGUGUGUGGUGAUCCAUCACACUUUGCAAAUGCCUGCCCUAAUCGUGGGUCCUGA